CUAGACUGUGGACAUCCAUAAAGAAAAGGUUGCUCGCAGAGAGAUAGGCAUUUUGACGACCAAUAAGAACACAUCGAGAACUCACAAAAUUAUAGCGCCAGCGAACAUGGAGCGUCCUGUAAGGUAUAUUCGAAAACCUAUAGACUACACGGUGCUGGAUGAUGUUGGCCAUGGCGUAAAGUGGCUAAAAGCCAAGCAUGGAAAUAACCAGCCUGCAAGAACUGGCACCUUGUCAAGAACAAAUCCGCCUACACAAAAACCACCAAGUCCUCCCAUGUCAGGCCGGGGAACUCUGGGACGAAAUACUCCUUACAAAACCCUGGAGCCAGUCAAACCACCAACGGUCCCUAAUGAUUACAUGACCAGUCCUGCCAGACUGGGCAGCCAGCACAGCCCGGGGAGAACAGCUUCCUUGAACCAGAGACCAAGAACACACAGUGGUAGUAGUGGAGGAAGUGGCAGUCGAGAGAAUAGCGGCAGCAGCAGUAUUGGCAUUCCCAUUGCCGUGCCUACACCUUCGCCGCCAACCAUUGGGCCAGCACACAUUUCUGUUCCUCCUCCUCCUGGAGCCCCGCCAGCACCACCACUGCCACCACCUCUCCCGAUGGGCAGUCUGAUAGCUGCUCCAGGUUCAGCUCCUGGUUCCCAGUAUGGCACAAUGACCAGGCAAAUCUCGCGACACAACUCUACCACUUCUUCAGCAUCUUCUGGUGGAUACAGACGGAAUCCUUCUGUGACUGCCCCAUUUUCUGCUCAACCUCAUGUUAAUGGCGGGCCUCUUUAUUCUCAAAAUUCAAUUUCUAUUGCUCCACCCCCUCCCCCUAUGCCUCAGUUGACUCCACAGAUACCUCUCACAGGCUUCGUGGCCAGGGUGCAGGAAAACAUUGCUGAUAGCCCGACUGCUCCAGAUAAAAGGAAAGCAUUAGAAGAGACCAAAGCCUACACAACUCAGUCUCUAGCCAGUGUUGCUUAUCAGAUCAAUGCUCUGGCCAACAAUGUGCUACAGCUGCUGGACAUCCAGGCAUCCCAGCUGCGGAGGAUGGAGUCCUCCAUCAACCAUAUCUCCCAGAAUGAGUCUAGUCUAAAUGACUGGACAACUAAUCUUGAUUAG